UUUGGACCUGUUUGUAGCCACUUCUUUAAAAUGCUUCUUUUUUUCAUCUUAAUUCUUAACAUUUCAAAGUGCAGAUCAAAUAAAGCAGACAUUGUGGCUCAGAAUCAUCUGAAGAUUGUUCAAGCUGGAGACAGUGUUAAUUUCACCUGUAUCUUUCAAAGAGAUACAAGACCCAGCAUUGUUUGGGUCAAACAAAAAGUAGGAGAGAAGCCCCUUCCGAUAGUAAUAUCGUAUCAGGGUUUACCUGGCGAAUUUAAGAAAGACUUUGACAAACUUAACCGCUUUUUUGUAGUGAAAGAUGGCAGCAGUUUUAAUCUGAGCAUCACAAACACAGAAGAAUCAGACACUGCAACAUACUAUUGUGUUAAAUAUUUAUAUGAUUUCAAAUUUGAGGAAGUCUCUUAUCUCAUUGUUAAAGGCAAACAACUGAACAUGCAAUCAGACCAUCAGAGAGCUGUGAUAGAUAAAGUGCAUCCAGAAGACUCUGCAGUGGCGCUGCAGUGCACUGUCCUCACUCAGAGCUGUGCAGGAGAACACAACGUCUACUGGUUCAGACGUGAAUCUGGAGAAUCUCCUCCAGGAAUUAUAUUCACUCAGGAGCGCAGGAACGCUCAAUGUGAGAGGAGCUCUGAUGUAAACUCUACUGCACACAAAUGCAUCUACAGCCUGCCCAAGAGGAACCUCAGUCUCUCUGAUGCUGGGAUUUACUACUGCGCUGUGGCUGCAUGUGGAGAGAUACUGUUUGGAGAUGCAAGAAUACCUGACAUGCCAGUUUUUCAGACACCUUGGAGUAUAAUUGCCCUGGUUUUGGGAACUUUAAUCUGUUUAUCAGUGAUUGUGAUCAUAUUUCUGUGCACGCAGUUGUACAAGCAACGACGAAAAGAUGGGACUCAGAAUAUUCAGAUUGGUCACUUGAUGGAUGAAGACAGAGAUGCUUUGAAUUAUGCUGCUUUGAGAUUUCAGCAAAGGUCCUGCGCCCCUAGAAGACCCAGAGAAAAACAUACAAGAUAAUUUAAUAUAUGCACAUGAGAAAUUUUGCAAUAAAUAAAUAAAUAGAUAAUAAUAAUAAUAAUUAUAAUAGUACAUUCUCUGUUUUUCACAAAAAAAGUAUUUUAAUUGAUAAAGCAGACAUUUUAAUCUCUUGAUUACACUCAACUAAAUGACCUGCAUUGUAAAAAAAAAUGUUGUUGUUGUUGUUGUUGUUUUCUGAAGUUAUAAAAAACAAUUUUUUUGAAAAUUUUGUCAGGAACAGAAACAGAAAUGAAAUCAAAUGUUAUAGUUCCGAACAGGAUCGAAAAUUUAAACUGGCCAUUAACCGGUUAAUAAAGUUAUUUUAUCGUUCCAUUAAUAUUUGAAAUUUGCUGUCAACCAAUAACGAAUAUCAUGCAAAUGUGACGCUGAAGCCA